AAUUUCCUGUUCUAUUUAAGUCUUAGUUCAGGAACCCGAAUGAUGUGAAUAGAGGUAUGAUACACAUGCAAGAUAGGCUGAAAAUUUGGACGAGAGUGGAUUGAACUGUGUGCACAGUUUACCCGAGCAGAGGCCCACCACCAUAAUGCCUUAGAUUUGGUACACUAAUCAGAAUUAAAAUUAGAAGUAGACGAACUGGAGGAUUUAGAUAUUGCAGAAGAGGAGGCUCUCUUACAGAUUAGUGAAGAAGAAGCUUUAGAUGAUGAUAAUGAUAUUCAGUUUGUUGAUGAGGAAGGCAAUCCUCUUGAAGUGAGAGAUGGAGAUAUGGAACUCUAUGAAAUUCAUCAGUAUGACAAUCAUACUUAUACAAAAAUAAGUUCAGAUUCCCAACAGGACGAAGAUAUUUUAGAAGUAGAAGUAGACGGAGAAUUUGAUAGUUUCUCACAAGAAAACGUUGAUAACUCUUUUAAUUCGACAGAGUCAAGGAGACAAGAAAAGAAAGAAAACAGUCAUAAAGUAGAAGAAUCAUUAGAACAGUGUGAGGUUUCUCAUAUGCCAGAAACUGUGAAGAAUGAAGCAGAGCAUAUCGAGACAGAAGAAAGUGAAGAAGAAAAUGCAGAAAAUGAUGAUCGACACGAACGUUUUAGAUCAGAACGAGCAAACGUAAUAAGUAUAUCUGCAGCAAAGAAAAGGCCAGAUAUUCCCGAUAAUUUGGACUCUGUUAUUUCUGCUGAAGAAGCAGCAAAGGUAAAUGAAUUCUUAGCCAGAGAACAAGAAAGGAAGAAUCGGUAUCGUAAACCAAAAUCUAAAAACAAAUUCAGUAAAGGAGGGCUUCAACAUCAGCAGUCGCAGAUGAAACGACCUUUAAUUACUCAGAUGAGGAGUGAAAUACCUGUUCAGCCUGUUCAUCCUACUCCUCAUGUUAAUAAUAAUGUACAGCCAUCUACAUCUCAGCAAUCAUCUUACACUUCUCAUAAUCCACCUAGAAAGAUAUUAAUAAAUCCACAUUUUCGCGGGCCUCGUCCAUCGGUUUCAGAAGAAUCAUCAUAUGCACCUGCCAAACAAUCUCAGUUUAUUCGUAAUUCACAUUCGCAACACAUAAACAGUGGAAGGAACAUAACUCCACAAAUACAACAAAAUCUACCUCCAUCGUCACUACAAAAUAUGGGCCCAAGAUUUCCCAUACCACAGCAGGGACAGUAUCGAAUGGGGUUGCUAGACAAUCGACCGCCGGCUUUCGGUGGAGAUCGACAGUUUCCUCACAAUCAACAGGAUGUGCACUUUGAUCAGAGAAACCAUCCAUCGUCUCGUGCUAAUUUAGAAUGUAUGCCUGAUAUGUUUCGUCCACCUAUCAAUACCAUGCCACCUGCAUGUAUUCCACAAAAUGAUUCAUUAUUGGGUUCUCCACCACUUCAAAUGAAUAAUACAAACAUUCAUAGAUUUCAGGUGACUUUUAAAUAUAUCUUAUUUCAAAUUCAUACUGUAAUAAAAAGAAAUUCUUUUAAUUUGCAAUAUUUAGAAACUACAUUCAAGUGAAUUGUCUACUUUUUUAUAUGGUUUUUAUUAUUUUAUAUUGGACCCUGCCACUCUUAUGUAUAUAUACAGUAUAUAGGUUAUAUAUGAAAUAAUAUUUCAUUAUAGGAUAUGGCUCUUACGACUUUCUGAUAUGCUGAUAUGGCUUUUAUUGUGACGAGGUUUCGCCACUCUGGUGUAUAU